AUGAAAUCAGGAAACUCCUCAGCUAUUACAGAAUUCCUCCUCCUGGGACUGUCAGAUGUGCCUGAGCAUCAGCCCCUGCUAUUCAGUCUCUUCCUAUCCAUGUACCUGGUCGCUGUGGUGGGGAACCUGCUCAUCAUCCUGGCCAUUAUGUAUGACUCCCACCUCCACACCCCCAUGUACUUCUUCCUCUCCAACCUGUCCGCUGUUGACAUCUGUUUCACCUCCACUACCAUCCCUAAGAUGCUCAUGAACAUCCAGACACAGAGCAAGUCCAUCAGUUACACAGGCUGCCUCACCCAAAUCUGCUUUGUCCUGACUUUUGCUGGAUUGGAAAAUGGAAUUCUGGUAAUGAUGGCCUUUGAUCGAUUUGUGGCCAUCUGUCACCCGUUGAGGUACAAGAUCAUCAUGAACCCCAAGCUCUGUGGGCUUCUGGUUCUGCUGUCGUUCCUUAUUAGUGUUCUGGAUGCCCUUCUCCACACUUUGAUGGCACUGGGGCUGUCCUUCUGCACAGACCUGGAAAUUCCCCACUUUUUCUGUGAAUUAGCUCAUAUCCUCAAGCUUGCCUGUUCCGAUAUCCUCAUCAAUAACAUCCUCGUAUACUUAGUGACUGGCCUGUUGGGUGUUGUUCCUCUCUCUGGGAUAAUUAUCUCUUACACUCGAAUUGUCUCCUCUGUCCUGAAAAUCCCAUCAGCUGGUGGAAAGUAUAAGGCAUUUUCCACCUGUGGGUCACAUGUAAUAGUUGUUUCCUUGUUCUACGGGACAGGUUUUGGGGUGUACCUUAGUUCUGCAGCCACUCACUCCUCCCAGGAGAGUGCAAUAGCGUCAGUGAUGUACACCGUGGUCACCCCCAUGAUGAACCCCUUUAUCUAUAGUCUGAGGAACAAGGACAUGAUGGGGGCCUUGAAGAAACUCAUUUCUAGAAUAUCAGCUUUCCAUUAA